AUAUAAAAUUUCUCAUCUUAAGUGCUCAAAACCUUCCUUGCCAAAAUUAAGCGCUCAAAACCUUCUUUGCCAAAAUUAAGCGGUAUCUGAUCGAAAUUUCUGGAAUUCGUAAUUUAACUCCCAAAUUCUUCUCGAUCAGUUUCCUUCUAUCAAAUUCCUAAUUCCUAACCCCUUAAAUUGCUAACUCCUAAACCCUUAAAUUCACAAUUCUAGUAUUGAAGAAAUUCGCACUUUAUUCCAAGCAAUCUAUGUUCCUGAAUUUCGCAGAUUUGUGUUGUCGAGUUGUCAAGAAGCAAUUUGAGGAUUUUGCGGAUUUGCGGUUUCGUGGCUUGGAGCAAGUCUUAUAAUUUCGAUUGCCAAAUUGUCGAAGUAUGUUUCUUAAUUUUCAUUUCUACUUUACUCGUUUUUUUAUUUAUAAAAUACUAUGCUCAUAAUUUUGGUUUUGGUCGAUUGUAGCUUCUUGAAUAGGCCUAUUAUUUCUUCUUGAAUUGCCAUUGUUUGUUGCAUAAUUGGUUUCUACUUCUUUUUUUUUUUUUUUUUUUUUUUUUUUUUUGCUAUGUAAGAGAUAAGUAUUAUUUCACUAAGCAACCCAAUCGUAGAAAACUACAUUCUCUAUUUGUCUACUACUAUUUUAAGGGAUUAUUUUCUUGGGUGAAUUGUGUUUCGUUUCGUCGGUAUUGAAAUAUGUCAUUACUGAUGAAUGGUGUCACUAAAUGUUGCGGUUUAUAUAUACUUCAAAAAGCUCCUCUCUCCUCUCUCAACGGGCGAAAAGCUAUUCUGCUUUUCCACGUCGUUGCCAUGGCAAGAGGGCGAGGUGCUAAAAAGAGUGCUCAGAAAGGGAAGAAUAAGAAAACAGGUCCAUCGACUUCUCCGAUUAAGAAAACAAGGUAUGUUGAUGAGUUGCGUGGAAUAGCUGAGCUAGAAGUAGUAAGUCCAGUAUUGGAGAAAUGUUCUAAAGAGGUUGAGAAUCCUGAGGCUGCUACGACGAGUUCGCCGGUGAUAGGUACUAAUAAUGGCACCCCAUUGAGGGAGGAAAGUGAUUUAACUGAAUGGGUUCAGAAGAUUAGAAAUGGGUCUCAGAAUACGAAGUUGCAGGGGAGGGUCUCAUGGGCAGCACGUAUGGAGGAAGAAGCACAGAUGAAUGCUGAAGCCCAUGUAAAUAUCAUAACUCCAUCUGUUAUGGUUGAAUCUGACUAUAUACAAGCUGAGAUUGAAUAUUGGUCUUCUGUUGUGGUGUGUUAUGUGCUUGGAGCUAAUCCUCCAUUACCUGUGAUGGAAGGGUAUUUUAAACGAAUUUUGGGAUCAUUAGGGAUAGCUAAGGUUGCGUUAUUUGGGAAUGGGAUGUUUAUUGUUCGUUUCAAUAAUGUUGAUGAUUGUAUGAAAGUAAUGUCGGGGGGAUUUCAAUUGUUCGACCGGAAACCAUUAAUUAUUAAGCUCUAGGAUCCUGAUAUGUCACUAGAUAAG